CAAAAUAGUGACAGCAGCUGGGAAGGAGGACAUCCCCCUUGGAUGCACGCAUGCUGACGAUGGACGACUCGAGGAGAGAUGUACCGAUCGCGGCAUUCAAGAGUCGAAAGCAAGCGCACGCCACCACGGAAACGCUCGCCACACAGAGGCAGGCGCGGCGCUGUUCCCUCGACCGCCGCGUCAUCCGGCCGAAGCGCGCGCGUUCGGCCGCUCGGUCGGCGGCCCACGCCGAGGAACCUGUUGGGCACCACCCACGCGCCGCGGCCGCUUUUGGGAUGUCCCUGCGCGCCCCGACCUGCGUUGCCGACCAGUGGGCGGUCGGGCGACGGCACCCGCUUCGGAGGCCCAGCGUCGUCGAGGACAUGGAGCGGACCGGGCCCUGCUGCUUCUUCUGGUGGUGUCCACCGUCGUCGGGCACCGUCUGGCUCCGCGUGACCUGUGCUCUGCUCCUGCUGUGCGCCCUGCCGAAAGGAGGCCAAGCUCGGCGUCGGCGCAUAUUUGACGACUGCCCCGAGGGCCGGCUUCCGGUGGCCGAGGCUGACCUCGUGCUCACCGCCACCGUGGAACGGCUGCUCCAGGACGGGGCGCAGGUGAGCGUCCGCGUGCAUCGUCCGCUGAAGGGCGGGCCCCGCGAGCUGGGCGGCUCCGUGCUCCUGGUGGAGGGGCUGGACAACGAGGCGCUGUGCGGCACCCGGCUCGCGCAGGGCGACACGCGCCUCUUCCUGCUGAAGGGCGGCGCAUCCGAGGGACGCACCAGGCUGUUGGCGUCCCCGCUGCGCCUCACACUGCCGAACCUGGACAAGCUGCAGGCCGCCGUCAACGGGGAAUCAUAUCGGAGACGACUGCAUGAGCGAGACCUGCCGUGCGAGGCCAAGUACUGCCCCUGGAAUGGCGACUGCACCGAAGACCGGCUGGGAACAGCGCGUUGCAGCUGUCCGACGUCGUGCGACUUCGAGUCGAAGCCCGUGUGCGCCACCGACGGGGUCACCUACCCCAACCGGUGCAAGAUGCGCGUCGAUUCGUGCCGCAACCAGAAGAGGCUCUGGUCACGCCACCAGGGCACCUGCCACGCUGCGCCGCCGUACGGGUCGCCCUACUGAUCGCGCUCUCCUAUUUCCCCUACGUAGGCUAGCAAUCCCCGUCAUUCCUCUCUUUGCUUUCACUCUUCCUUUCUUUCUCUCACUUGUCUCUCGUGCCUCACCUUACUUGUUCGCAUACAGGUUGACGAUGAAUCUAAAAGCUCCGCGUCGUUUCGAGUAGCAUGACGCCAACCAUGACUUUUUUUCUGCACCUAGUUUUUCCCCCUAAAUUUGAGCUAAAGUGUCGUUAGCACAGAAAAUUAAAUGGGCACUAAAUAGGAAAGGGAUUUCACCUGUACUAGUAAAUUACCCAUCUAGAAUACCAAGGAUGCCACUGUUAUAGCGGAAAGGUUCUUGUUGGCUAGUAAACGCGCAAGUAGAAAAGACAGCUUACGACGGCGCUUGAAGUUUCGGUGCCACUUCGCCAUGACGUCAUAGAUUUUGACGGCAUCUGCUGAGGCCUAGUUGGUAAAAUUAUUGGUAACAAUGAGUUACCUUUUGUGCUAAAGGAACAAAACAUUAAACGUGGCAAGUUUCCAGAACUUACACAGAGCGAACGCUGCCCAGUUGCGAAAAAACACUGUGAAGUCCGUGACCUUACACUGACGUAUGGCUGCAAGGUUUCCGCGCGAAAUUCAAGAAUUCGAAAUUUGACUUUCAUCUUCUCUUCUAACAAUCAACCAAUUAUUGCGGAAUUACUGACAAUAAAGUUUUGAAAGAAUAUUUUAUAAGCAUAACUUUAUUUAGUCCUUUUUCUUUAGUAUCCCUUUAAGUCACGGGACGUUCCGGUUAGGCAGCACGUUCCGUAAGUCAAGUUGACGCAUAUGUUACGUUGUUCAUGAAAUCUUCCAGACAACAUUUCAUGUGGCCCGACAUUUUCUUUGAAGAUCAUCACUCGCCAUGUGCAAAUGACGCCACUGACUCGAAGCACUUUCACUCAUGUGCUGAUUUUUUUUGUCUAAGGAGUAAAGCAGCUGUGAUGUGUUUAGUUCCAUCAGAAGGUAGAACAAAUGGGGAAAAGCGUCCACCCAUGUUAAGACAGGUACUGCACGAGCUUUAUAUGACAGCUCUGAAACAUAUAUGCACAAAGUAACUCUAAAAUAUUCCAUAAUAAUUACGAUCGAGGCACGAAGAUAAAGCUUCCCUGCCAAUUUGUGGCAACUGACGUUUAAGUUAAGACAAAAAUGCACAUGUAGCACUUUUCGCAUCUGUGUCCCUUUCGACUGCCAUGAACUCGAAUCUGAGCGAUCGAUCUCUGAAUUUGCGUACACUGAAGAAAUAUUACGGGGAUUUGCGCUGAGGCGGGCGAUCAUUGAGUGAUGAAAAUAUGGCCACUCUGAGACAGAAGCAGAGAUAGGUCACAGGUUAUAGGAUAGGUCACAGGUCACUUGAUCAUUACCAAUUUCUGAAGACCGAAUCCUGCUCGAGCGGCUGAUCCAAAAUGAUGGCACUACAGCACAUUUUUUAUCAUGCUGAAUGCUAUUUGAGCACUAAAAAGAUAUAGCUGGAAAUAGGUGCUAGUGGUUCUAAGAAAAAAGGGAAGCAGCAAAAACGUAAUAGUGCCGUCUGUGACAUGUUCAGGAUAGCUUGUUGCCCCUCCUACGCUGAGAAAAAACCCAAAAAACACAAGAAGAACAGAACUGGCAAUACUGAAGUAAGAGAGGAAAUAAGAGGUGCACAGUCAAGACAAAUGUCUAAAUAGCUAUCCGAAGGCAAUGACAACAAUUAAGCCUUGGGCCGAACCUCAUUGAGCUGGAGAAUAGACAACGCCAAGUUUCUUGAUAUAUCGAAAUGCAUGGAUGUGAAAGUUAUGAUUUCACAAGUGAAGCGGCCAUUGCAAUAAAUUUUGGUUAUAACCCGAUGGCAGAAGGCUGGCUUGCAGGUGUCUCAUGCUUCUCUCUAGACCACUCAGACUUUGAUAGCUUAGCUAGUGUGUGGGCGCUAUCACAAUUACGAAUUUUGAGUCUUUUAUAAUGAACGCGUAUACUGUACAAGCGUGCUGGAAUAGCCUGGUCGCCUUCACUCUUGUUCUCUGUAGUAGCCAAAGAAAAGUGCACUGAACAGAUUGAAAUAAAGAGAUUUUACGGUCA